CUGUUUGAUCUGCAGUAGCAUUUUGGGGUUUGCUUUCCACUCGGAGAGAAGCCAGAACUCAUCUCGCUCAAUUUCAAUUUUUCCUUGCAAUAUUUAAGCUGGAUGUUUUAAUCAUUUAAAAACAAACAGAAAUGGAAAUAGCUUUUCAAAUGCUGUUUUGCCCUGCUCUUAUCACAGCGUUUGAUAAACCUGAACAGCUCUGUUGUAUUCCUAUGAAAUGAGCUGGAAUCUCACUACCAAAUUCUAUAGAAACAGGUGGGGCUUUAUUCUGUAAAGGCAUCUAUUUUCCAUGGUGGUGUAUUGCAUUUCUGUGUAUUCUGCCCAUGGGGCUCCCAGCCAAAGAUGAGUUCUUUGAAGGGUACUGCUGCUUAACCACUUAUUAUUUAAGACAGACUCAAACUCAAGCUUUCUGUGGUGGGUACGUGGUACAUUUAUCCACAUCAGCUCUGGUGGCUUCUGAGCUUGGGGAGUUAAUCUGUACUUUGCACUCAAGUCAUCUUUCAUCUCAGCAUCUCUAAGCUUUUUAGGGACAUUAGGAUGCACAACUGCGGCGCGGGCAGGGGAGAGGCUGUUAUAAAUGUGGCUGGGGAAACGGAGGCACGGAUUUUGGGAGCCUCUGUUAAUGUGUUCGGUUCAGGGGACAGCCAUUUGUAUGCUGUCCGUGCCUGAUUAUCAGGGAGGCUCUGCAAUUUUUCACAUACUUCAGCUGGUGAUGGAUGCCUCUGUAGGUUUCGUGUAGACCAGAAACUCGUAUUGGUGCUCUAAACGAAUAGGCUGCUUAAAACACUUCAGCUGUGGGGAUGAAGAGGAGCACAGCAAAUGGCAGUGGCAGGAACCCCAAAUUCUGCUUAUAUUUUUUUCCCUGCAGGAAGCUCUGUGACAAAAAGCAAAUCUCACCGAAAACCAGAAGGAAAAUAACCUCACCUCCAUCCCAGCACAGUAACAUCCAGGGCCCCACUGCACAGACCUAUCAGUAACUUGUUGAUUCAAACUCUGGGAAUCUGUACAAAAUAUUUAGUCUGAAAGAGAGAGCUGUACAAAUGCACUCUAAUACAAAUAGUUGUAUUGAUUGUGUUGAGAAAUAGCUGUUCCUCCCCCUCCUCUGAGCACAGCCACCUCCCAGCCCUUAUUUACAAGGAGGAUCCGGGUGAAGGGAGGUAGAGUUGGGUCCCAUUGAGUGGCCCAGGUUGUGGAUACUUUGGGGGUUGUUUUCCCCUUUGUAAGCUUUUUUUUCCUUACCUACCAGGUGCACCCAGGGAGGUGGUAGAGUCACCGUCUCUGGAGGUGUCCAAGAACUGUGGAGAUGUGGCACUGAGGGACGUGGUCAGUGGGCAUGGUGUGACGGGUUGGACUAAGUGAUCUUAGUGGUCUUUUCCAACUUCAGUGAUUCUAUAUGACUGUCACGUCAACAGGUGUCAAAGAGUGAGAGGAAAACCCAGCCCAGCUUUCCGAGCGCACUCAGCAAUCACUUCCUUGCAGAGAUGAAUCAGCCCAGGAGUGGGGUCAGCACAGCUCUGAGAAUAUUAGAGCACCAAGAAUACAUUGGAAACUUCUCAGAUUCUUGGCCCUUUGCAGCAGAGUUCUAACAUGUAGUGGUAUUUCCUCUUGUCGCUGUUCCUUGUAGCCUUUGGAAAUGUCAGCAGUGCAUAUAUUGCCUUUUGUUUGUCACACAGCUGGAGAAAUGAAUUUGCUGCCCCUCAUGAGAUCAAUCACACUCUCCACAGAUAGUUAAUACUGAUGACAGUGGCAGCUUCCUGCUGCCUGCAGCUCCCUUGCAGCCUCCCUGCUGUGUGGGUGCUGUAGGUCACAGAGCACACCUUGGCCAAGGCUCCUGGAUGUGAAUACGCAUUAUGCUGUUGUUCAAAGGUUGAACAGAGAGCUGUGUCCAAGGGAAUCCAUGCAGAUAGAGCCCGAGUAAGACCCCUGCAGAGGAGCAAGCUCACACUUGUAGAUAGUGGAGUUAGAGGCCUAAGGAGCAAAUGUGAUACAUGGGAGAUGGGGAGGGUUGUUCCAUUCUGUUUCCCUUCCACUCCUUUGUUUCUGUCUGUGCAAGGUUUGUCUCAUCGCUUUGCAGAACACAGCAAUGCAAGAAUGCAGAAGCAAGCUGCUCUGCUCAUUGCCAGGAGGACAAGUGGGUGGUGGGAAGGCGGAGACCUGGGGGGGGGGCUGUAAGUGGGGUGCUGCCAAGUUUCCAGUUCAUUUUUUGCUGUUCAUUUUUCUGUUGCUUUAAGGUCUGCUGCAGACUGAUGUGUCAAGCACACUCCAGAACAGCCUGUGUUAGCUGGGGAGGGAAUUAAAUAUCUUCAUCUCUUCUUAUUUGUGUUUUUUUUUUCCCCCUUAUAAGGCCAAAUGUGAUUAAAUUAACCUGAUUAAUAGAAAUGCCAGGUGUGGAAAUGCUGUGUGGCCUCAAUUUGUAAAAGAAAAGCUCAGCUGGCUUGCUUUUACCCUUGAACAUCUUGCUCAUCCCAAGAUAACUGAGGUCACCUGAGGAAAGCCUUUCCCAGUGCUGUAGGUAGAGAUCAGAUCUUCGUUUUCUGGCAGCAGCGUGGGUAAGCCUGUCUGCAGCGUUGGAGGCAUUGCAAACUGCAAGGGGGUUUGCAGUGAUUGCCCAAUAAAAGGGUACUGGGGCAGGGAAGCCAGGCACUGAGACUCUGUGCUGUAAGGUGCUGGGGGCCUUUGUUUGCUAUGUGUGGCUAUGAGAUGCAAAGGAGGUUGGGGCAGAGCAGCCAUCCCAGGUUAAUAAGUGAUACAGGGGAAUGAGACAAAGUGAAAGCCAAUGUGUGUUCGGCAGUAAGUGCUUGAACUUAGGGAGAGAGUGCUUUUUUGAUAUCAGGAGUUUGAUGCAGCAAGUGUUCAGCAGAGUCUGUGCAGUGCCUGUUGUGGAGGCACUUACUGUGCUUAGGACACAAUCUGCCUGGGAGAGCUGCUUUGAGUCCGGGAGCCCUAGGCUGCUCUUGUGGGAGGCAGUCAGCCCAGAUGCUAAACCUGCCCAAGUCUGGGCUGUUCUCUGGGUUUUGGACUGGAUGAACUUGGGAUCCUUAUAGUGCACACUGUUGCAUGAUGUUGUUGUGCUGCUGUAUCCAUUUGGAGGGAGGGGUAUCCUUUUAGGGAAGGCAGUGGAGCUGCCUACAUCUAAAAGCCAUUAAAGAAGUGAAAGGGAAGAAUAUAUGAACUUAAUGUUAAUUCUCAGAUGUCUCCAGAUCCUAUUUGAGAGCCCAUCAGGGCUCUUCCAGUGAGGGAUGAACCUCAGUCUGGAUUCCUUAAGCUCCUUCAAGUCUGUAAGCCAUGUUGGUUGAAGUUUUCUGUUUUUUGUUUUAUAUGAAGACUUAUUUGCUGGUUUAUUUUCUGCUGGGGCAGUCCAAGGGUAUUUUGCAGCACUCUUCUUUCACUGUAACACCGCCAUCCAAAAUAGAAGCAUUGUGUCUGGCUUCAUGGAAGGUCUCAGCUCUCUUUGAAGCUCUGUUGGAAGCUUUUCAUUCCCAGGCUUUUCAGACUUUAAAAAAUAGAAUAUCUUGGCUGGAUACCUUUCGCUUGAGCACAGAAGUGCUCUUGUAGGUUGGUGUUUGAACUGUUCCAUGGCCUGCAUGCAUGCAUUAGUAAUGCGUGCUGUUUGAUUUCAUAGCCACGGCUCUGCUUGUCCAUCUUUGGCCUCCUGCGUGUAUCUCUGGGUGGCAGUCACAGCUGUUUGCCUUGUCCAGGUGUGCGUGUAUUUCAGAGAGGUGACGGGUUGUUGAGCUGGUUUAUUUUAAAUGUAUGAGGUGUGGUGUGCUCUGCCUGCUAAGCAGCUGUCAGAGUCUGAUCGGCAGCAGCCUGGGCUCCAGCAGAGCAGCAUGCAGAAUCUGCAGCAUUCCUGGUUUGCUGAGCCCUGAGAGGACUCUGUGAGGACUGAAAAGAGGGCUCACUGCCUUUCCUCAGGUGGACCUUUAAGCCCCUUCCACUCCACUUGUGUAGGUCACUUUUUUUUUCCCCCCUUUUUUCUUGUAAGGGAGGAAAAAAAAGCCACUUCCUCUGAGUUGUGCCUAUUGACUUUAACUCUCUUGAGCCAAAAGGACUCCAAGAGAUGGCAGCUAUAUGUCAAUAAGAGAUCACAGGUUCUCUAGUUGUUCUCCAUCCCUAUCUCCCUCUGUGACCCUUAGAGUAAUGCACCUCUGUUUUCCAUUUCAUCCCUGGGAAAGUGUGUUUAUCAUCAGUAAAAGCAGAAGAAAGAGAUAUUUCCUGAGGCUAUAUCUUUCUUCAAGGGUUAUCCUUAAAAGCAAGGUGAAACUCUGAGAGGAUUCUAUCUCCUCAAACAGAAGGGCUUUAGCAUGACAUGCAGGAGAAAACAAAACCUGUUCUUCCUCUCGGAUGCCUCCCACUUGGCUUUGGGCAGGAAGCUCCAGCUUAGAACUGCAGAAUCCUUAAGGUUGGAAAAGAUCUCUAAGGCCAUCUAGUCCAACUGCCAACCCAUCCCCACCAUGCCCACUGAUCACAUCCCCCAGUGCCACAUCUCCACGGUUUUUGAACACCUCCAGGCACAGUGACUCCACCACCUCCUUGGGCAGCUGUGCCAAUGCCUGACCACUCUUUCUGGGAAGAAAUUUUUCCUGAUAUCUCUAAUAAUUUACCAUUGGACUGGUUGCACUGCAUUGCAGCCCCAUGACAUCACUGGGAGAAGUCACAUGAGGCUCCUGUGAGUGCAACAUGGCUUAUGUGGACGUGGCUGUAUGCUGUAUGCAGGGGGGAUGUGGGCAGCGGGUGCCCGAUAGCCCUGCUGGUCAUCACCUUGAUGUAGUGUCCCCAUCUGGGGCUGGAGCUGGCUGAGGUUUAGUGCUAUGUUGCAUUCUUGGGAGAGAUUUCCUAAAGGACUGGCAGAGCCACAUCAGGAAAAGCUUUGCUCUGGGCAGGGACAGGAGUGCAGUGGGACUGAUGUUGCUUGGUGCCCCAGGAGGAGCAGUGGGGGCAGUGGGGGCAGCGGGAGCUGUGUGAGUCUCAGCUAAGUGGCACCAGGGUUUAUGCUACAGUAAUUCCCUCUAUUGUUUGAGUUGGUCCUGCACGGUCUGAAAAGCAAGAGUGUUUCCUGGAAGGCUGAAGGGCCUUUUCCCACUUAGUGGUUGUUUCUUUUUUUUUUUUCUCAUUGCUUUUCUCUGACUGCCCUUUGUCUGCCUUUGGGAUUCUUUAAAUGUGCUUUGACUAUGCAUUAUCUUCCUCAUAAGAAAACCCAGCAAGUGUGUCAAGCUGCCUUUUCCAGCACAGUGUGGGGAUGCAAGGACCGAGAGCACAUGGAGCAGAGGAGCUCUGCCUCUCCUGCAUGCUGCCUGGUUUUGCAGCAAAAACACUGCACGCUCAACCUGCCUGUUAGCAGAGCAAGCAGAGCUCUUGCUGUGCAUGCUUUGAAGCCCUGGUAGGAUCUGACCAGAAUCUUUCCUGUCCCAGGCAUAUGCAGUUUAGAAGCAAAGUGUCUCCAAAGUCAGUGUCAGCCAAUGUCUUCCUGUGUCAGCAUCCGUUUUCUUAGAGCCAGCCAGGUGCUCUUGAAUCCCUUUGACUUAGAGGGGCUUAACAAAAAAUUUCCUACAGAAAACAAUAUAUAACCCCAUUCAAAUAGCCAGAGCAGGCUUUAUGUUUUCCUCUUCCUGCUACUGCUUUAUUUUAAAUGCCCUUUCAGCCAGAGCACUUAGUGGCGAUGUUUUGAAGGGCGCCUUUGUUCUGCAUACAGAAAUGUGACUCUGGUAGAGCAGCGGAAAACCUGUCAGAGCUCUCCAGGUGCCCGUGGUUUGAAGGGACAAAGGCAGUUUCUUGUAAAUUGUGACAUUGUUCUGUAGGAUUAGCACGGUUGUCUUUGAGAAUAGCUGUACAGUGGCUGCUUUGAGAGCAGCUCUCUUCAUUAAUUGUUUGAUAGUGAUCUUGGGUUUUUUUUACAAUUGCUUGGAAGGCACUGAGGUUUUGCUGAGUCCGUGCUGCUAAGGGUAAUAGGAAGGGUAUUUGAACCGAAGGUGUCUUGUAUGGAAAUAGCCAUGUUUUCUGUGUCAUCGGGCCCGUUCCUAGCCGGUAUCAAAUGCAAACCUGAACCUUUCCACCACCUCAGCCAUUGGGAACAGCAGACCCCACCAUGUCUGUGUUCCCCUCACUCCUUUCUUUGCUCCCUGGUAAAUGCAAGGUGAAAGUUGGAUGAAGAAAGUGCUCAGAGACAAAAAGAAAACAAAUUCCAAUUCAAAACAAAAUGAAAACGUCAUGUAACUUCUUUAAGAUCUCUAUUAAUGGCACUGAUGACUUGUUUUCCCCCAACUGCUCUAUGAAUUAUUAUUAAAAUGUUAAUUUAUGGAGGCAUUAAGAACACUUCAGAGUGUAUUGGUCUCCUGAGAAGCUCCUGGAUCGCUGGUGAUGUAUCUGAGCUCUCCAGCCUUCUCCUGGCAGCUCUGAUUACCUGCUGUCUGCCUGUGUGUGAUCUCUGAGCUGUAUGCUCUGCUCACUGAUUUAUUCCUGGCUGUGUUUGGCAUUUGCUUUGUGUGUGCUUUCUCUGCCUGCUAGGGGUAAGGUCUGUGGCCUCGAUAGGUGGAUGUGCCUGGGGGAGCCCUUCCUAUGCAGGUUGGGCUUUGCUCUCCCGCAGCCUGUGACUCCUCCAAUUGCAGCCGGAGAUGAGGAUGUUGCAACCAGUUAACUGGGCAGCGAUUGUGUCAUAUACUGGCAGAACUACAACACACUCUCUGGUGUCACGAAACAAAGAAGAAGCAGGUUGCUGGAAAAGGCAGAGAAAACUCUUCUGUUCCCAGUAAGAGCGGGAUGAAGAUGGUUGGUGCCGUGCUGCUGGUGACGCUGUGGCUGUGCGCGGUGCCUCUGGGCAGCGGCUCCGAACGCUGUGAUGACUGGGGUGUGGACACCAUGAAACAGAUCCAGAUUUACGAUGGGGAACCCGCCAAGAUCAAAUGCCCACUUUUUGAGACCUUCUUGAAGUACAACUACAGCACAGCCCAUUCUGCUGGCUUAACCCUGAUCUGGUACAGGAUUGGGCAGGACCGAGAUCUGGAGGAGCCCAUUAACUUUCGUCUCCCGGAUAACCGCAUCAGUAAGGAGAAGGACACCCUUUGGUUCUGGCCUGCUCUCCUCAAUGACACAGGGAAUUACACGUGCAUGCUCAGAAACACAACCUACUGCAGCAAAGUUGCCUUUCCCCUGGAGGUUGUUCCAAAAGACCAAGGCUCUUGUGUGAGCCAUUCAAUAAAACCCGUUGAGCAGAUGUUCUACCUGGAGUACGCUAAUGAGAAGAUCACAUGUCCAGACAUUGAUGGGUUUUACCCUGCUAGUGUAACACCAACUGUCAAGUGGUACCAGUCCUGCAGGUUAGUGGAUGGCUUCAAUGAACGACACCCUCAAGGGUCCAAGCUUGUCAUUGGUGUUGUCCGCAGUGCAUAUGAAGGGAAUUACACCUGCAUUGUGACAUUCAAGGACCAUGGAAGAACAUAUAAUCUCACCAGAACCGUAAAGAUGAAGGUGGUAGGAUCUCCGAACAAGGCCUUGCCACCGCAGUUCACCUCCCCAAAUGAGAAAGUUGUCUACGAACUGGAAGCAGGAGAUGAUCUUGUUUUGCCCUGUGAGGUCUUUUUCACCUUUCUGAAGGACUCUCGGACUGAGGUGUGGUGGACCAUAGAUGGAAAAAACACAGAUGAUAUCGUGGAUGCCAAAGUCACACAAAGUGAAAUUCCUAGACGUUUUGAAGACAAAACUAUCAUAAGGACUCUAACAGUUGCAAAAGCCACACCAGAGGACUUGAAACGCAAUUACACUUGUUAUGCCAGAAAUGCCAAAGGGGAAGGCCAUAGCCAGGCCAUAGUGCACAUGAAAGUUGCAGCACCAAAGUAUACUGUGGAGCUGGCCUGUGGACUAGGAGCAACCAUCCUGCUUGUCGUGGUGCUGAUUGUCAUCUAUCAUGUUUAUUGGCUUGAAAUGGUCCUCUUCUAUCGAGCUCAUUUUGGAACAGAUGAAACCAUUCUAGAUGGGAAGGAGUAUGAUGUGUACGUGUCCUACGCACGCAACGCGGAGGAGGAAGAGUUUGUGCUGCUGACGCUACGGGGAGUCCUGGAGAAUGAGUUUGGGUACAAGCUGUGUAUCUUCGACAGAGACAGCCUCCCUGGGGGAAAUACCACCGAAGCGGUGUUUGACUUCAUCCAGAGGAGCCGCAGGAUGAUCGUGGUGCUGAGCCCUGAUUACCUGACGGAGAAGAGCAUCAGCCUGCUGGAGUUCAAGCUGGGCAUCAUGUGCCAGAACACCAUCGCCACCAAGCUCAUUGUUGUGGAGUACAGGCCGCUGCAGUGCACCCACCCCAGCAUCCUCCAGCUGAAGGAGUCCGUCUCCUUCGUCACCUGGAAGGGGGAGAAGUCCAAGCGCUCGGGCUCGCACUUCUGGAAGGCCCUGCGGCUCGCGCUGCCACUGCGCAGCCUGAGUGCCGGCUCCGGCUGGAAUGAGAGCUGCUCCUCCCAGUCUGACAUCAGCCCUGAUCCCAUCCAGAGGAGAAAGAGUCGGUUGAAAGGUCGGCCUGAGCCGCAGGGAGCCCUCACGCCCCCGGCCUCCACACCGAAGGCCAAGCACCGGGCUUCGCGCUUCUUGGCCUGCCGGUGCUGUGGGACCUACUGCCAUGGCGGCAGCAGACUGAAGCGCAAGCGGCGGGCGGUGGCUGAGCCCAGGUGGGAGACCCACCUCUGCAAGGCCGAGGGGCAGGGGGUGCCAGUCAGGAGCCGCCCCGAGCCCCCGCCUGCACAGGGCCCAGCCCUUGCCCUCUGCCAUUACAGCGAUCUAUCGAACAACAAUGACUUCUAUGUCCUCUAGCUGAGAGAUGGAGCUUGGUGGCGCUACAGGUGCUGAGCCCAUGGAAGACAUUUACUGGAGCUUCUGAUGUGACAUUUAUGCAGUAUCAGAGGCAGACUUGGUGUCUUUCUACAUUGCCUCACUCGCUGUCAGGCACAAAGGACUGCAGCAACAUUCCAGCUGUCUUGCUGAUGAUGAUCUGAGCCAGGGACCUGCAACGGCACACAGAGCAGCAGUCAGGGCUGCCUAUGUUGGCGAGUCCUUCUCCUUAAUUACAUCGCAAAGUGGAGCUGAACAUAUGUGAGCAUCUCCUCAGCAUUUCUUGUGGGAGGGCAGGUCCUGCUGGCAGGGUGGCAUGGAUGCAGGGAUGCAGGAAGGGAGGCAGAAGCGGUGCAUAUGGGGGGAAUACCCAGGGAAGGAGGAGACUGCAGGGUUUUGCAAACAAGACUUUGCUAAUGAGCUCAAUGGGAGCCCAGCCGUGCAGGAGUGCACUGUGCAGCACGGUGCUUUAUCCACUGUGGUUUAAAAGAACUUGGUCAAACCUUUUAAAUCCCUUCUCUCUGAAUAAAAGUGAGUUCUUUAA